UUUCCCCUUGCACACCUACUCAGAGUUCAAUUCACAAACACCAUUUGUCAAAAAAUGGCUUUUGUUCCAACAAAGUCCCUCGGGUUUAUUCUUACUUUAUUACUAGUUACUUCCUUUACAGUUCUUGGUCAAAAUGAUGCUGGCAUUGUGACUUCAGAACUAGCUCCUCAUUCCUCCGUUAACUCCCCACCUGUUGAAGCCCCUAAGCCUCCUAAAGGAGGCCACCACCAUCAUAAACACCACUCCCAACCCCCUGCUUCUCCUCCCUCCCACUCAUCACCACCACCAGCACAUUCUCCUAGUAAACCACCAACUCCACCAGCUCAUUCACCUAAAAAACCACCGUCUCCUCCUGUUAAACCAUCAACCCCACCAGCUCAUUCACCUAAAAAACCACCGUCUCCUCCUGUAAAACCACCAACUCCACCAGCUCAUUCUCCUAGCAAACCACCAUCUCCGCCAGUUAAACCAUCACCUCCACCAGCUCAUCCACCUAUUAAACCACCGUCUCCUCUUCCGACGAGGCAGUUUGUAGGUGUAAGGGGAGUCGUUUACUGCAAAUCUUGCAAGUAUAGGGGGGUUGAGACCCUCUUGGGAGCUUCUCCAAUUCAGGGUGCGGUAGUGAAGCUAGCAUGUAACAACACAAAGUACCACUUAACAAGUCUAGGCACAACAGACAAGAAUGGUUACUUCUUCAUUCAACCAAAAUGGUUGACCACAGCAGGUUACCACAAGUGCAAGGUGUUCUUAGCAAAAUCACCCAAAGCAGAAUGCAGUGUUCCAACAAAUUUCCACAAUGGUAAAAGUGGAGCCAUGUUGAUCCCUGCACCCCCAUCUCCCAUGACAUCAUCAAAGCCAGCAGAACCUGGGGUUAAGCUCUAUAAUGUGGGACCUUUUGCUUUUGAACCUUCAAAGAAUCUGCCUUGCAAGACUAUGUAAGAUAUUGAGUGGUCAUUAUUUAGCCUAUUGUACUACAUGCUUGGGAAGUGAGAAAGCAAGAAGCUAGCUAGCUAGUAGAUUGUUGGGAACUGAGAAGUGUGUGUUUGAGACUUUUAAUUCUUGUUUUAUGUAAUUUUUCUUGUUUUUUUUUGUGAAUUUUAAUUAGUAGUACUAGGUGCUUCCUUUGAUUAUGGCUUGGUUGGUUUAUGAUAGUACAAUUUCCAGCGCACAAUAAGAUUAGGAGUAUUGAAUGG